CCGCCGAGCCAGCUCCCUCCGCGCCCCGCAGCUCCCUCCGCGCCCCGCGCCCCUGGCCGGCACGCGCCGCAGCGAGCGCUCGGGACGGCCUCGCCAGCUGCUGCCAGUGUGGGCACCUGCUCUCUAAGGGAAAGGCCACUGCUCUCACUGGCUCCCAGCUGAGAUGUCUGGUCACUCCCCCUCCCUCCUGGAGCAGCCCCACCCAGGGUGCGAGCCCACCCAGUGGCCCUUGUGAAGUGGUGAUCACUCCGACCAGCAGGGGUGGAAGAUGGUACCAGUCAACCGUGAGCCGGAGGAGGAGCCCGAAGCUGCUGCCGAGGGAUGGAGGACCCCACGCCUGAGCCCGUCUACGUCGACGUGGACAAAGGACUGACCUUGGCCUGCUUCGUCUUCCUCUGCCUCUUCCUCGUCGUGAUGAUCAUUCGCUGCGCCAAGGUCAUCAUGGACCCUUACAGCGCCAUCCCCACAUCCACCUGGGAGGAGCAGCACCUGGAUGACUGAGGCGCCCGCGGGCGGGGGCCACGGCGAGGGACCAAGAGCCCAGCGCUCUCUGGACAGGGUUGCCCCAGGAUGUGCCUCUGUCCCCUGGCCACCGGCUUUCCAGCCUAUGGAGGCGAGAAAGGAUUUGGCCACCCGGGGAUGGAGAAGGUUCACCUUAGCCUUGCCUGCUCUCACAGGAGCAGCAGGGUGAGAUAAUCGGGAGGCUGUGGGUGUUGCAGUGGUGGGCCAGUCUGGGGAUGAGAGCGCUGGACCGGGAGUCAGGAGGCCCGGGUGCCAGUCUGGGGAGUCACUGUGAGCCAAGGGGGCGGUCACCUUCCCUGGCUCGCGCACACCUUUUGGCAUCGGAUACGGGACCGUCACCCCCCAUCAUAACAACAGUGGUCUCGUUUUGAGGAGACUCUUGCCCUUAACAUGCAAAGUAGCACACACACUAGCCCUGGAGGCUCCCAGCACAGACGUUCAUCUGAGCCCCAGCCCCUUCCCAAUGGGCCAGCAAUGGAGCAUGUGGUGACGUGGGAAAGGAGUAGGAAGGUGCAUCACCCCAAAUUCACAAAAGGCACAGGGGCUGCUUCCCAACAGUAUUUUUUGAAACUAAAAUAUAGAGGGGUAUAUUUUUCCUGUUAUAAAUGAAAUGUGUAUUUUGGAAGUUUGGGAAAAUACAGAAAAAAUAGAAGGAUGGGGGAAAAUAACACUUAUAAUCCCACUUCCCCAAAGCCACCAUUUUGAUAUAUUUUCUCCCAGCAUUUUUUACAUGUAUUUUUAAAUAGUCAAAAUCAUACUGUGUGUAUGAUGUUGUAUCACUGCAUAUUAGAGCAUGAACACGUUCUCAUUUCAUCGAGCACUCUUUAUAGCCAUCAUUUUUACUGGCUGCAGAGUAUUCCAUCAGGUGGAUAGGUCAUAGUUGCAUAAUUAUCUCCUUUAGUCUUACUUUUUUUUUUUUUUCACUAACUUUUCCUCAUGCAAAAUUAUUUCACCCAGUGACCUCUUGAGAGCACACAGUUAUGAGAUUAAUAUCGGACAGGAAGACCUGGCUUCUAGUCCUGUCAGUCACUCUAAGGCUGUGUGACCUUGAGCAAGUCACUUCACCUCUCAGUGCCUCCAUUCCCUGAUUUUAAAAAGGGAAGGAAAAGCCUUGCCCUUUUUGUUUUGUGUCAACCUCAUGUGAAUGCAAGGACAGGAGUGGGAGUGCUUUGAAUGUAAACGUGCUGUGGGGGGAGACAAGGGAUAAGUUGUUGAUAAUGACUCUUCUCCCUCUUUUCCCACCCUUCUGACCCCCUCCCACCCCAUCACCUACAUCUAAGGCCUUGCAGCAAGAAUAUUGGACCAGAGCCCACAAACCUGGUCCCAAGUCCCAAAUCCUCUACUUCCUUGCUAUAUGACCCCAAAUAAUUCAGCCUCUCUGAGCCCCAGUUUCCUCAUCUGUAAAA